AUUUUUUCAAGAUUUUUAGCAAUAUUUUUGGUAAAACUAACCAAGUUAAAUUUAAUUUAAAUCUGAUUUUUUUUGUAAUUAGAAAAUGUUUUUUUAUACGUCUUGAUUUAUGACUUAUAUGAUAUAAAUCUGCUUAGGAGAAAACUAAUUGUUAGACUAGUGAUUUGCCCCGUGGGAAAUAUUUGAAAAAAAAAAAAAAUAGUGUAAAUUUUUAAUUUACUAUGGCUUGCGCCACGCUUAAACGGUCAUUAGAUUGGGAGGCGUUAAAUCAAAGACCAACAAAAAGAAGAAGAUGCAAUCCCUUCGGACAAAGCGGAAAUACUUCACCAACACAUACAUCUAAUAGCAACAUUGGUCAACAAAAUUCUACUUCAAAUUUACAAAGCCCAUACAGACGAACGAAUGACCAGCCUAGUCCUUUUGCGGAAGCAACUUUGGUAAAACUUUCACCAGAUAAAAUGGCGCAAAAUAUCCGUGAUGAAAUAAAACGUUUACAUAAACGCAAGCAGUUGCCAUUUUCAGCUAGUAGCUUGGAACGUAUGCAAGAUUCGGAAUCAAGUGGUUCUGAAAUGGGACCCGAUAGCCCACGUCGACCUGAGAGCCCGGCAGGUUUAAUUAGAAAUCCCGAAAAGGCUUUAUUUACUUUCAAACAGGUGCAAUUGAUUUGUGAACGCAUGUUAAAGGAAAGAGAAGAUGCAUUACGUGAACAAUAUGAUGCAGUUCUUACAACCAAAUUAGCGGAACAAUAUGAUGCUUUUGUUAAAUUUACUUAUGAUCAAAUACAAAGACGAUACGAAGCUGCUCCAAGUUAUCUCUCGUAAUACAGCUCACUUAGCGAACUAAAUCUAGUCGCUAGAAUUUAUAAAUCUAAUAUUUUACUUCAAAACCUUAAAUUACUUUUUCUAUACACAGUUUCGCUAAAAUAAUUUAUAAAAUCAAUAAAAAUGAUGCAUAAAUAAAAAUACAUACAUAGUACAUAAUAGAAUUACAAAAUUAAAAAUAUUAGAAUUUUGACAAAAAAGAGAUCAAGACAAAAACAAUAAUUAAUUUAAUAGAAUCGUAUAUUUUUUAUUCCAACUCUUAUUUAUAAGGAUUUUUUUUUCAUAAAUUUUGUUCGUAGUUAUAUAAACAUAAUUUGCAUAAAACUUGCAUAACUACAAAAAAAAGGCGAAUAACCAAGAUUAACUUAGACUUAGUCAAAACAAUGAUCUUUAUUCUAAAAUUGAAAAUAAAUACAUAGCAAAUUUAUAAAAGAAAAAAAAACAUACAUACAUUUAUAAAUUAAUAUAAUAAGUUAUAUUUUAUUUUAUAAAAUAAAAUUGUCUCUAGCUUAGAGUGCUGCAUCUUGUAUAAAAUCCUUAACGUAAUAUGCCUUUUAUAAUGUAUACAGUGGCAAACGUUUUUGAUUUGAAUAGUGUUCAUAAAUUGAUUUAUUAUUUCUAUCCAACAUUUUCAAAUUAUGUAACGCGAAUAAAAUCUAUAAUUAUGAAGCAAAAUCAAUUUGAUAUUGUUAAACAUUAAUUAUAUGUCCAUAUUUUUGUUUUUGCGAAGAUUUUUUAGACUAAUUUGAGGAAUUUCUAGCGCAUUACUUAUAAAUGGAUUUAGAAUAAAAAAAGCACUUAAGUUUUAUUUUGGGUUUAUUUCAACAAUGAAAAAAUUAAACAAAAAUUACUUUUUUCAAAAAAAAUUAAUCAUUUAAAUUUUUGAAUUUGUCUUUUUUUUUUUUAUUUUUUUUUUUUUAUUAAAUAAUUUACAAGUGAAUUGAAUAACAUACAAUUAUAUACAUACAUAUAUAUAAAAAUGCUUUCUCAGUCAAAUAUCUACUACUGAAUUGAAAUUAUAGCCAAAACUGAGAACUCUAAUAGCUAUAGUAAAAAAAAACUACAAACACUAUUAUUAUUAUUAGCAUCAUAAAAAAACAUUUGCAAUGAUGUGUAAAACAAAAAAAUUGUGUUACAAAAAUAUUAGUUUUACGAGACAUGUAAGUUUUUAAUUAAAAUAAAUAAAAACUUAUCUUUAAUUUGAUUAAGUUAUAUCUUGAUAAGUUUUUGAUAGUGUUUAAAGCCAUUUUUAUAAAAUUAAUAAAUGAAAAAGUAAA